UUGCUAAUCAAGGGCUGCAAUAAUGUUGGACCUAUCUGAAUAUGUUGGUGUUAAUUGAAGUGUGUGUUGUCACCAGUUGUUGUGGUGAACGUAGACGGCUCACUGGUUCAGCAUCCUCUAACCUGCCUGGGUUCCUUCAACCGAGAGGAGGAGGGUUGGAGGAGAGAUAAUGACUGGGUGUGGCGGAGAGAUGGAGAGGAGGAUGAGGAGAUCCUAUGGAUGAUGGGUGGAGAGGAGAAGAAGAAGGGGAAUAGCUUCCUUGUCAACCUGGAAGAGAGAACUGGAGGGGGGAUCUUUACAUGUCACAGCCUGGAUAGAACCCUCCUGAAGAAUACUACGGUGCUGGUCAAACACCUGGAUGAACAGAAACGCAUUCUAGAAGGAUCCACCAGAACAGGCUAUAUGAAAUGUUCUACUUGGAACUACCAAGGAGAAUUCCACUGCUCCUGGAAAUUCACCACUAAACGUGUUGGGACCAUCAUGUCUGUCAGAGUGGCACGUGGCCUGUCUGAUGCGGAGAACAUCAGCUGUUCUGUGGACACCAGUGGACAGCAGUGGACAUGUUCCUCUUCGUCUGGCCAGAGUGACAUCAUGUGUUCUGUGAACAGUAGUGGACUGGGGCUGUCCUGUGUGGACAGACAGUAUUGUCCCUAUGCUGAGGAGACUGACCGGAUCACCCUGACCAUCUACAUGAGGACUAACUACCUGCUGGAGGAAUACUCCCAACGCUUCUACUUAUCAGAAAUUGUGAAGCCAGACAAGGUAUCCAUUAAGAAGAUGAACAGCAGUACUAUAGAAUGGAGCUAUCCUGUCUCCUGGAACAGACCCAUCUCCUACUUCCCCCUCUCCUUCCAGGUCAAAGAGAUCAAAGGCAGAGAGCGCAAGAACGGGUGCACGUGUGAUUCUCCCUGCACAAAGGUCCACACCACAGAGAGCCGCCAGUGGUCAGUAAAGGCCAAGGUGGUGGUGUGCGUCAGGUCCCAGGAUGCCCUAUGUGACUCCCCCUGGAGUGACUGGACAGAGUACAGACUCAACAACAAGGGAAACAAGAGAAGCAGAAGAAACAGAAGCAGAAGUUUGUGUCUCAAUACUAGAUCUUUACCAUACUGAUGGCCAAUCAAAUAUUAUCCUAUUUGUUCAAAGGUGACUUCAUUCACACUCCAAAACAUCAACUAUGACAAAGGUGACUUUGUUGUCAAGACCAGAGAUUGUAUUUCUGAACUAAUUUUAUGACACAAUCUUUACUUUUACAUUCUUAAUGUGUUAUGACAUUUAUUUAUUGAUAUUUAUUUUAUCAUUAUUAUGUAUUUAUUGAUUAUUGCUUUUUAUCUGAAAGAGUGUGACAUGACUUGCACUAACAUAAACUCUACUGAUAUUGUUGUGACUUUAAUACUCUAAAUCUAAAUAAACUUACAAACCUGCUCAGUGUGUAUGAGUUUUUUCCACUACUCUG